UAUAUUCUUGGUUUUAAAAUUUGAUAGAAUGGCUUGGUAGCAUAGAUGAGGAUCCCAAGCUAUUUUCGCUCAUAAUAAUUCAUUACAAAAAUUUCAUUAAGGGAAACAAUUAGUGUAAUGUAGUAAUACUUGCCCUUUAUCUCUCCUGUUCGCUCUUGAACCCAGAUUCCUCCUCUCUCUUCCCAAAUAAAUUUAGUUUUUAUAAUCGAAAUCAUCAAAAAUCAUAACAAAGCCCUUAAAAACAUCGAGGCAUUGCGUCUCGCCUCCACAACCUCCAGGCUCCAGUCUCUGCUUCUCGUCUAGGUUGGGCGAAACCUGAUUGUCAAAAAUCCACAACCCCACUCUUCCAUUUCACAAUUUCCGUUUGACGCGUAAGAAUUCAUCAUCUCCUUUGCUAUUUCGUUACCACUGUCGAUUCGCCGACACUUUUUCAUUUCAGAGUCAGGGAUAAGCAGUUUGUAUUAGGGUUUUGGAUUAUCUUACCCAUUGCAUCAUCGAUUUUGUACUUCUGUACAAAGGUUCUCUUGUUUUUGAUCUUCUAGGGUUUCUUCCUGCGGAUUAAAGCUUUGAUGAUAUUUAUAUCCUUUUAUUUGUUUCCCUCUCGGAAUUAGAAUUCGCUAUUUUGUUGAAGGUUCGUUGCCAGUUCUGCUUCUUGUUCUCACAAUACCCAAAACUGUUUUCCUUUUCCUUCUGUAUGCAGUACUUGCCAUUCUGUGACUUCAAAAUCAAGGUGAAAUAUUGAUUUUGGGGGAGUUCCCUCUUGGGAUAACUGUUUUGACCUGAACCUUAUCAAACAAAUUUUGUCUGCUUCAGAAAUCAUCUAAUAUCAGUUGUUGAUACAUAUUUUGGGAAGUGUUUUGGGGGUGUUUUGUUUUUGUUGUUGUAGUAUAACGGAGAAGCAAAGGAAAGCUUAGGAUUGCAUGGGUGAACAUGAGGGGUGGUCACAGCCACAGCCAUCAGAUGGGCCAUUACCAAAUGGCCUAUUGCCCAAUGAGGCAGCUUCGGUGAUCCGAGUGCUUGACCCAGAGCGAUGGUUGAAGGCUGAGGAGAGAACUGCAGAGCUUAUUGACUGCAUCAAGCCCAACCCACCCUCUGAGGAACGCCGAAAUGCAGUUGUUGUUUACGUGCGGCACCUUAUUAUGAAAUGCUUCCCCUGUCAGGUGUUCACUUUUGGCUCUGUACCAUUGAAGACUUAUUUGCCUGAUGGGGACAUAGACUUAACUGCAUUCAGUGAGAAUCAGAGUUUGAAGGAUUCGUGGGCACAUCAGGUUCGUGAUAUGCUAGAGAAUGAGGAGAAGAAUGAGAAUGCUGAAUUUCGUGUGAAAGAAGUUCAGUACAUACAGGCAGAAGUGAAGAUAAUAAAGUGUCUUGUGGAAAAUAUUGUGGUUGACAUAUCAUUUGACCAGCUUGGUGGGUUGUGUACACUUUGUUUCCUUGAGGAGGUUGAUAAUUUGAUUAGCCAAAAUCAUUUAUUCAAGCGUAGUAUUAUAUUGAUUAAGGCCUGGUGUUAUUAUGAGAGUCGCAUUUUGGGUGCACAUCAUGGACUUAUCUCAACCUAUGCAUUGGAGACUUUGGUUCUCUAUAUUUUUCAUGUUUUCAACAAUUCUUUUGCGGGACCCCUCGAGGUGCUCUACCGCUUUCUUGAGUUUUUUAGUAAGUUUGACUGGGAUAAUUUUUGUGUGAGCCUCUGGGGUCCUGUCCCCAUUGGUUCUCUUCCAGAUGUAACAGCGGAACCUCCCAUAAAGGAUUGUGAAGAAUUGCUACUGAGAAAGCCAUUUCUUGAUGCUUGUACCGCAGUAUAUGCUGUCUUUCCUACCGGCCAAGAAAAUCAAGGGCAACCCUUUGUUUCCAAACAUUUCAAUGUUAUAGAUCCUUUGCGUAUAAAUAACAACCUUGGACGUAGUGUCAGUAAAGGUAACUUCUUCCGAAUACGCAGUGCAUUUGCAUUUGGGGCUAAAAAGCUGGCAAGGGUACUUGAUUGCUCCAAAGAAGAUCCAUACCAUGAAGUAAAUCAGUUCUUUAUGAACACUUGGGACAGGCAUGGUAGUGGUCAUCGUCCUGAUGCUCCGAGGAAUGAUUUAUGGCGCUCUAGACAGUCAAACGCUGAUCACCUUAGUGAAACAGAGAGUCUGAAGAACAAUUCGAACAGGAAAAAGGGUGACACAUCUUCUAACCGUGAAAGUCAAGAUGAUGGAACACGACAUGCACCCUCCCAAAGCCUAAUCAAUGGGAACCCAUAUAAUGCUAGGACCUCCAAACAGUCUACAAGGAACAUCAGUUCUAAUCAGGAUGUGCUUGCUGGUAAAGGUCAAAGGAGUUUUAGACCUGACAGUUUGGUUAGUGACAUUCAGGGAAGACAUCCUUUUGCAAGGACAUGUUCUAGUCCUGAGCUUACAGAUACUUACAGUGAACCUUCUUCUCAGGGAAGGUGCGUCACAGCCCCGGAUGGUAGUAAAGAUCAGAUUGCUUCUGCAAGAUCAGAUCAUGGCAGGAGGAAGAAUGUUGAAUCUGAUAAUUUUUCAAGCCCCGGCAUUAGGUCUCCAACUGAUGAUCCCUCAUCUGUGAGGCAUAUUUCAUCUCAUCAAAGCCUUGAUGUUGCUGCUGAUUCAAGCAGUGUUUUAACUAGUUACAAUGAAGAUUCAGGCUUAGGUGUGAUGGCUGAAAAAUUCAUGAAUUCUUUGGGGACGCAGCAAAUGCAUCAGGAAGAACAAGAUCUUGUGAACAUGAUGGCAUCUUCUACAGCUCAUCAUUAUAGUGGACAGAUGCAUGUCCCAUUGAAUUCAGCUUCAAGUCACUUGCCACUUUCACUCCCACCUUCUAUUCUAGCUUCGAUGGGAUAUGCUCAGAGAAAUUUUGGUGGAUUAGUGCCCCCAAAUAUUCCUUUGAUUGAAGCUUCUUGGGGAACAAAUGUGCAAUUUCCCCAAGGUUUGGUUCCUUCACCUUUAACCCAUUAUUUUCCUGUAGGGUUGGCAUCAAAUCCAGAAGAUUCAACUGAAUCUGGCAAUGAAACAUAUGGUUCUGUGGAAAUGAACCUUGGGGAAGGUAAUAAUGAUUUCUGGCAUGAGCAAGAGAGUAGCUCUACUGGUGGGUUUGAUCUUGAUAAUGGGAAUUUUGAGAUGCAUCAAUCAGAUGAAAAGCAGCAUUCUACUUCAGCUAGUUAUGACUUUGUUCCUUCAUCUCGGGUAGGUUACUCUGGAAAUUCUAUGAGGGUCCAACAGAAGAUAAUUAGAGAAACCCGAGGGUCAAUGAGGGAAGAUCAUCUGGAUAAUUUCCAGCAUCCAGAGAACAGAGGUAAUGAGGUUUACUUUAAUGACAGAACUGUGAGUUCGAGGUCCUUUCGUAAUGCACAUACUAGUUCCACGAGAAGUAAAACCUCUUCUGAAAGUUCUUGGGAAGGAUCUUCCGUAAAGAUGUCUAAAUCGAUGAGGGUAAGAAGAGGUUGCCGACCAAAUGCUAAUGUUCUGCAAUCUGCUGUGUAUGGGAAAGGUAAGAGUGUGUCUGAACAUUCAUCCCCUCAUGGAGAGGAUGAGAACAGAGAAUGGAAUGCAGUCAAUGCACAGUUAACCAUGAGCUCUGAAAUGGCUGAAAGAAAUGUGGGACCUCAAUCUGUUUCUUCUUUGCAUGUUCCAAGGCAGCAAAUAUCUGGAUUUGAACAAGCACAGGCAAGUGAAUCUGAUUCAUUGAUACCCAUUGCUCCCAUGCUCCUAGGUCCAGGUUUGCGGCAAAGAACUAUGGAUAAUUCAGGGGUGCUCCCAUUCGCAUUUUAUCCGACUGGGCCACCUGUACCAUUUGUCACGAUGCUUCCACUGUACAACUUCCCAUCUGAGACUGGUACUUCUGAUGCAUCGACAAGCCAAUUUAAUGGGGAGGAGGGACUGGAUAACAGUGAUUCUCGAAAUAAUUUUGACUCAUCUGAGGGAAUUGAUCAGCCUGAAGGUGUAAGCCCUUCUAGUUCCAUUAGAGGGGCUGCUUUUGUUGAGCCGUCAGAGCAGUCUGACAUUCUCAAUAGUGAUUUUGCUAGCCACUGGAAAAAUUUGCAAUAUGGACGAUUUUGCCAGAACUCUCGUUCUCCCACACCUUCGAUUUAUCCUUCACCUGUUGGUGUUCCACCUGUCUAUUUACAAGGCUGCUUUCCAUGGGAUGGUCCUGGGAGACCUCUUUCAUCUAACAUGAACCUUUUCACGCAGCUUAUGAAUUAUGGGCCUCGCCUUGUUCCUGUUGCUCCUCUCCAGUCUGUUUCUAAUCGGCCUACUGGUGUUUACCAACGUUAUGGUGAUGAAAUGCCAAGAUACCGAAGUGGGACUGGAACUUACCUACCCAAUCCUAAAAUGUCUACUCGAGAACGGCAUUCUUCAAAUGCUAGAAGGGGAAAUUACAGCUAUGAAAUAAGUGAGCACCACGGUGACAGGGAAGGCAGUUGGAAUACUAACUUGAAGUCACGACCAGCUGGGCGCAGCCACAAUCGUAACAAGGCUGAGAAGCCAAGUUCAAGACCGGAACGAUUGACAAGUGAAAGCCGACCUGACAGGUCAUGGGCUUCACAUAGACAUGAAACUCACUCUUCAUACCAAUCGCAAACUGGUCCAAUCCGACCUAACUCACAGAGUGGUGCUGCCAACGUGACUUAUGGCAUGUAUCCUCUACCAGCUAUGAACCCUGGUACAGUGUCAUCCAAUGGACCUACAAUUCCAUCUGUUGUUAUGUUGUACCCUUAUGAUCAUAAUGCUGGUUAUGGUUCUUCUGCUGAACAACUUGAGUUUGGGUCCUUUGGACCGGUGGGUUUCUCAAGUGUGAAUGAGGUAUCACAAUUAAGCGAGGCAAGUCGAUUAGGUGGCACGUACGAGGAACAUAGGUUUCAGGGAAGCUCUGCAGAACGUUCCUCACCUGAUCAGCCCUCUUCACCUCUCCAGAGGUGAAUUUGAUUUGGUUGCCAGAUCAGUGGCCCCGAGGAAUCAUCUAUUGAAGGAUGAGGAUUUCCCACCUCUUGCAUUUCCCGACCAGGGAGGAAAUGAUGGUGGGAGAAACUAUAUAUGAUGAGAAAUCCUCCCUUUACCAGGAAUUUAUUCACUAUCCAGUUGUGAAAGGCACAAUUUGGAAGCUUUUUAGACGAUGUUACGGAUGAAAGGUCACCUAUUCUUGCUUGUAUGUACAUUAUGAUAUUAUUUAUCAACCUGCCCUGUUUACUAAGAAUGCUUAGUUAUGAUCUACUAGAUACUAUCCAAGUGUUGUUCUUUUCCA